AUGGAUAAAGAGAAGGGAGCAAGCAGUAAGAAGAGAGUUUUGAGAGAGAGAAAACAGAGAAAGUGUAAGCAAAGCAAUGAUGGUGAUGAUGAUGUUAUGAACAGAAAAGAGAGGAAGAAGCGUAAACCAAGUGACAACCCAGAUGCUGAUAUUCAAGCUAGAGAAGGGCCACAGAAAAAGAAGAUUAAAUCUGAUGAUGUUGGUGGUGUGCAAAGAAAAAGUGAACGAAAUACAAUUCCUUCUAUUCACACUCAGCCGCCUUACACGGCCGAGAAGAAGAAGGACCCAAUACUUUAUCCUUUUUCCAAAGUUGAUAAGACCCGGUUAGAUGUAUUUAGUGACUGGAAGAAUUCAAGGAAAGCAAAGCAACUAACAAUUCUGGGUAAAAAAGUUGAUGCCAAGUGGUUCACAACACUAGAGACGCCAGGGAAGUCGUUAACAACAAUGCAUGUUGAUACAGUUGUGAAGUUGUUAAGCAGAAGAGAAGAAAGUCAUCCGCACUUCUUUAAAAGCAAAGCAUUGACAUUGGCUGAAACUUCUUUUUUGAGAGAGAUUGAUGAAUAUUACUCAAUAUUCGUUGACAACAAAGACGAAUAUGAGUUCCCUGAAGAAGGAUUCAGUCAACUCUUCAAGGAAGCACCUACAAACAAAAUACUGGCGCCAAUGUUGGUUAAGGAAAGGCUUUGGAUGCCAUUGAUGAUCAAUUUGGAGAAGAAGGAGUUGAUUAUCUACGACUUAGGCAAGCAUUUCUACACCAACAAAAUUAAAGACAAACAGGUGGGUGCAUAUGCUGUUGCAAUGCCUUAUAUUGCCCAGAAGAAGUUUGGGAUGAAAAAUGAUACAAAGAAAUCUCCGUUCAGAAUCAGUAUUAUAAAUUGCAUACCUCAGGUUGAUAAGAUUGAAGAUAGUGGUGUCUUCAUGCUGAAGACAAUCGAAUGUUUGGCUAUGAGCAUAACAACACAUGGCAAUCUUAAAAAUGAGUCAAUUGGUGAUUUACGGAAGAAAAUGGCGGUUGAUAUCUUUGCAGAAUUACAAAAUGACUAGGAUAAUGGAAGUUUGCAUCUUGCUGGUAUAUGAAC